UGUGGGUUUUUGUCAUGUAAUUCAACCACGAAAGAAGUGUUUGUGAGAUCAAGAUGGGAAACAAGUUAGAAGUGCCUAUAGUUGACCUGAGUGGCAAGGUAGCCAUAGUGACUGGAGGGAACACUGGCAUUGGCUAUGAGUUGGUCAAGGGAUUGGCAGAGAUGGGUGCUCACACCAUCAUGGCCUCCAGAUCAGAGGAGAGAGCCACUGCUGCAAUAGCUCGUAUAAAAGAAUAUUCUGAGAAAGAUCUGAAAGUGGAGUUUAUGCGUCUGGACCUUGGCUCCAUCCAGUCCACUAAGGACUUUGUGAGGGCAUUCAAAGAGAAGAACCUGCCACUGCAUAUACUCAUCAACAAUGCUGCCGUUGCCUGGAUACCAUACACAAAAACUGACGAUGGAUUUGAAAUGACCUACCAGGUGAACCACAUUUGCCCGUUCCUCCUCACCUUGGAGCUACUGCCCAUCGUCUUGGAGACUGCCUCCACCAGCGGAGAUGGUAGGAUACUGUUUGUCUCCUCUGGGGCACACAGACGUGGAUUUGGGGCAACAUUUAACCCUGACAACCUCAAUUCUGAUAUACAGUACGACAGGAUGAAGACUUAUCCCUACACCAAACUCUACAACGUGAUGACGAAUUAUGCCCUCCAGCGUAGGCUUCAGAAUGUGUCAGUCACAGUGUCUGCCCAAGAGCCUGGCUACGUGCGGACUGAGCUGAGCAGGGGGUGGAGUGACAAGUCGAUACUGUCCCUCUUCAACAACAUCGGAUAUGCAACUAUUGCCCGCACUCCUAAAGAAGGAGCGGCCACGACUCUGAACUGUGCCAUCAACCCUGCACUCAACUCCCAGGAAGCCUUCUACUACGACAGCUGUAAAGUGACUGCCCCUAACCCUGACGCCAGGAAUGAGACGUAUCAGGAGGAGCUCUGGAGAAGAAGUGUCGAGGCUCUUAAAGACCACCUCUCACCAGAGAUACUGGAGAAGUACGGACCCUCAACGGCUGUUGAAAGUGUGCAACCUGAACCCCCUUCCCCACCACUCCCUACUGAGGGUGAGACCGAAGAAGGUGAAGAGAUUCCUACUACUGCAGCUGCUACCGUUACUACUGGAGAUACAGUUACAACAGAAGAAACGACUGGUGAUGAUAACGCAGAGGUCAAAGAUCAACCAGAGACUGUAGAAGAAGCUGGAAACACAGCUGUUGAGGAGGACACUGAAGCACCGGUGACUGAAGAUGCUGAACUGAGUGGUGGUGGUGCAGCAGCUGCUGAUAAUGAAGAGAACUGAAAAUUAGAGACUUUAUAAUAAUUAUAUAGCUUUACUAUUAUCGAACAGUCAGCUGUCAUGUCAUUAAUUAAUUAGUUCAUAUGUAUAAUUAUAUCUCAUUUUAAUAUAAAUUUGUUAUUACACAAUAAUAAUAAUUUUAUUAUAAUUA